AUGACCUAUCGAAUGGAAAGAUAUAAUAAUUAUAAGUUGUCAACCUACCUUGAGACAAUGCCAACUAACGAAAAUUGUAAAGAUUAUUUUUAUGGUUUUCAAGGUAAAAGAGACAAAACAAAACAGGCUAGUUACAGUCUUGCCUGUAAUCCAUUUGAGAUAUUUUUGGCUCACCUAGAUAUUGUAAAUUCACAACCAUCUUUAAUAUAUUCAUAUUCUAGAACUAUAUUAGUUGGAAAGUAUUGUCCUUUUGAUCAGGUCAAUAAGAGAGAGUAUAUCGAUGGCUAUGCCCUAUUAAACUACACGAGUAAGUUGGUGGCUACCAACGAGGCUACAAUAGAUGGUACCCCUGCUACAGCGGUAACCACCUAUUUCAAUCAUAAUUUUGCUGAACAAGUAUUGUAUAUCAACAUUGUUUCACCCAUUUCAUCAACUGGUACAACCAUCCUAAAUAAUAGUGUAAUAGUAAAUUUAAAAGAUCCAAAUAAUUCAUCACUUUGGCAAGUACCAAUUGGAAAUAUAUCAUGUUAUUCAUUUAGAGAUCAACCAUUAAUAUUAAAAAGUAAUGGAAUAAUACAAGCAUCAAUGUUUGAUGCAAGAUUAUCAAUUGUUACAUUUAUAGUUGAAUUUGGACAAGUUCCAACUGACAAUAUCGACUGUGUUGAGGAUGGUGGACAAUUUAAUUGUAUUUGUCAUCCCUACGACUAUGGGUACAAAUUGUAUCCUGUAAGAGGAAAGAUAUUUUUAAAGUGUUCCUUGGCACCAUUGGCAAACACGUUUACGGGUUGGGACAAUGCUGUCAAUGUAACAUUUUCAGACAAAGGAAGAGUCAAUAUUGGAUCGGUCUCGGCAACAGUCGACUUCCCAUUUAUGGCCAAUUGGAAUUCCAGCACGACGGUGUUUAACAAUGUUACUACCGCCGUAAAAAACACAACAUGGAUCGACAUUCAAUCACAGGUGAACCAAUUUAGUGUCUAUGCCAAUGUGUCUGAUUGGAACAGUCAGUUUAUCGUGUACAAGGCCGACGGAGGUGUCAUCCCAUCGACUGGUGUCAAUUACUAUGGUAACACGUAUAAACCAUUGUUGGCUGAUGACAAGGGAAAUGCCCUGAUCCAUUUUGCACUUCCACAGUCAAUGACAGCGGCCAAUGUACCUGCCACAUUGACAAGCACGUCGAUUAGUACACUCAACAAUGCGUCGAUUCUAGCUACCAAUUAUACUCACUACCGAUACCCCUAUAAUAACACUGCUACAAGUUCACACGUAGCGUUCGAUGGUGCUAGAUAUGUGGUCACACCCAUAUGGAAGUCGACCGGUGCCGCCCCGUUCAUCAAGGUGCAAGCCAAUUCGCUGCUGAAUAACUUUGUGCAGACAGUGAAACAGCCAUUCCCCUAUGGAUUAAAGAAGGGUAUUCCCUCGAUGGGCAAGUACGACUAUGCGUUUGACCAACCCGUCCAUCCCAACUUUGUGUCCAACAAGCUGACCGUGUGGGGUCCACACAAUGAGCGAUUGGCCGAGGGAGAGACGAACUCUGGCAAGACAGGUACACCAAGUCAAACGCCUUUGGUCACAGUCAGCUCAUUCCGAAAGUUUACGUCGCACCAGACCGUGUUUGGUUUCAAGGUCACAUAUAAUGACGGGUUUGGAUUCCAAGGUGGAUACAUUCCCUUUGGUCCCGAAAAUGGCCUUUAUAUUCGAGCAAGCGAUCACUCGUACACUAACAAUUACGAAGUGGAGUUGAAUAUCACCCAGACAGAUUAUGGUCGUCGUUUCCGAUUCCACUUGUUGUCACUUGAUGGCAAGACACAACGUCUCUACCAGCAAAACGAUGUGGCCCAGAUGUUUUUCCAUCAACCCAUGGUGUUGAAUGUCGUGCCGCCAACUGGUCUUCUCGAAUUCUCCAUCGAUGAGGUUUCAGAGUUGUUUUGGUCACCACCAACUGUUGGUGUCACCCUCGGCCCGGCCAAAUCUACCCUCUCUUUCAAGUUGGCAACCACCACCUACCUCCCAAACAUAACGGAUCGUCCUGCCGUGAUGAUCUACAAGCGUCACAAAUCCAACGUCCACGACUUUGCACAAUACUUUAUGGGCAAGUAUGAAGACGGAUAUUACAAGGUUGAGGUAACCAUUGAUCAGGGAAGUUUCCCAGGUCCAGCCGAAUACUUUAUCGCGUCGUCCAACACCAACAUUACCAGCGAGGCACUCCGUUCCAACCUUCUUGUUGGAGACAAUGCCAUUCUCACUAUUGUAUGCCAAAAUACCGAUGAAAUGGGUCCCAUUGUAGGAUGCGUAUCGCCACCCUCCUACUCGAUCAAUGUCACCUCGCCACAAGAGGAAUCAGUGACCCUUCAAUGGACCAUCAAUAUCCAAGAUCGUCCAAGUGGCAUUGCACUCGCCAACAGCUAUGCUAUCGUCAGUAGCAACAUCGACCCAACCCCUCGUCGAGUCAGUCUUGUCCAAGUGUCUGGCGACGUAUUUAGCGGUGUUUACAGCGCCACUCACUCUGCACGUGCUGGUGCCAGCUGUGAAAUAUUUAAAUUGGAUUUAGUAUUGACCGAUUCACUCGGUAAUGUAGCCACCUCCAUUGCACUUGGUGAUCUUGAUGACAAUCAAAUCAACGUCGAUCCAUUCCAUUACUUGCCCGAUCAUAUAGGUCGAUACAUAUCAGUGUUGUAUCCCACUGCAGUCGUCGACACUGACCCACCCGUUCUUGUCGACCUGUCAUUCUUCACUGCUGUUCCUGUAGACGUGUCAUUGUAUAAUCGUACGGUUGAAUUCCAAUUUACAUUGUAUGAUCAAGUCAGUGGAGUAUCGUUGGCAUCUACCCCAUACCUCUACGUCACUGGAUUGAAUGGUGAAUCUGCCAGUUGUGCGGGUGUCGUGAUCUCCAUGACAAACGACUCUCUGUUGGCCAACGCUGGCAAUGUCACCUACCGAUGCAAUGUUGAACUUCCCUAUGGCUUUGGUUAUCAGACCUCGCCAGUCGUAUCCAUCUAUGGAUACAGUGACAACAGUCGAAACUUUGGAUCGCAAACAUCGGCCGAUCUCCUUGCCAAGGGAUUCGUAUCGUCAUUUGCCGUCGUCAUGAAUAACAUCCAGCCAAUCAUUUUGUCGACCAGCGGUAUCCCCACCAUCACAGCCGACGCCAAACCCAUUACCAUCCGUGGACGUAGACUUAUCCCCCUGGAUUCUUACACAUUCACUAAGGUAAAUUUGUUUGUCAAUGAUAAUCCCACAGCUGUCCAGACCGCCACUCCAUCGUUUUACUCGCAUACAGUUAUCACUUGUUCGCUCAAUGGCAAUCUAUUCCAACCAACUGACAAUUUAAAGAUCCAAAUCACCUAUACAUACAGUCCAGGUGGUGGUCAAGUCUUUACAAGAAUCUCCAACUUUUGGAAUUUAACCUAUGCUCCAGCCAUUCCAUACAAUCCUAUACCAGAACCUCCUGCCGGUGCCAUUGAACCAUUCAACUUUUACACACCAUCCGCUGAAUGUCCAGUACCUCUUGUUCUUCCACCUGACCAAUGUACAGUUGUAUUCCCGUCUCAAGAGACUGACGAUUCUUCAUCUUCGUCUUCAUCUUCAUCUUCAUCUUCGUCAUCCUCUAAUUCAGAUUCUUCAUCUUCGUCAUCCUCCUCUAAUUCAACUUCCUCUUCCUCCUCUGACUCUGGAGGUGUCACGCCACCAGGUGAUGACGAUGAUGACAGUGAGGGUGGCUUAUCAGCUGGUGCUAUUGGUGGUAUUGCGGCUGGAGCAUUUGUAUUGGCAGCUUUACUUGCACUUGCCAUUGUAUUUGCUAGAAGAAGAUCUAAACGAAAGUCACCACCAGACCAAGAAAUGGAACUUGAACAAAAGACUGUACCAAUGUUUGUAGGAGGUAAAGUUAAUAAUAUUGAUGAAUUUUAA